GAGGCAGAGCAGCGGCAGGGAGGGAGGGACUCCCCAGCAUCGUCUCAUACCGUCGCUGGACAGAAAGGUGUGGGAAUGACAGUCCUCUGAGAUCCCUUCAUGUAAUAUACGCUCCGUCUCCGCGGAGACAUGGAGACGCCGGGGAGAAUAGUGACCUCACCGGGUGCUCUGGACUUCACUGUGGAGAACGUGGAGAAGGCUCUCCAUCAGUUGUAUUACGACCCAAACAUAGAGAACAAGAAUCUGGCCCAGAAAUGGCUGAUGCAAGCACAAGUUUCACCUCAGGCCUGGCAGUUUAGUUGGGCCCUGCUUAGCCCAGAAAAGGUUCCUGAGAUUCAGUACUUCGGGGCCAGUGCUCUUCACACCAAAAUCUCCAGGUACUGGUCGGACAUCCCUACAGACCAGUACGAGUCCCUGAAGAGCCAGCUGUUCUCCCAGAUAGCGUGCUUCUCCUCCGGCUCCAAAAUGGUUCUCACCCGACUGUGCGUGGCCCUGGCCUCUUUGGCUCUCAACACGAUGCCCGAAGCCUGGCCCGGCGCAGUGGCAGAGAUGGUGCGAGUGUUUCAGGAGGAGGGGGGAGGCGUGGAUGGCCGGGCACGCUGCCUGGCUUUGCUGGAACUGCUCACCGUGCUGCCGGAGGAGUUCCAGACCAGCCGCCUGCCACAGUACCGAAAGGGGCAGGUUCGAGGAGCUCUGGGCCGAGAGUGGGGGUCAGUCUGUCCCUUACUGCAGCAGCUUCUCCGGCGGACGGAUAGCCCCGGGGCAGUCAAAGCCCGGGUGCUGCGCUGUCUGUCGUCAUGGGUGCUGCUGGAUGUGCCUCUAAACGAGAGUGAAGGCCUGGUGCAUGACUGCUUCAGUGCCCUGUCUGACCCGGAGCUCUUCGACACGGCGGUGGAGGCAAUAGUCAACGCCAUUUCUCAACCCGACUCCCAAAGAUAUGUGAACACAUUGCUGAAACUGGUUCCUCGAGUGCUGGCCCUCCAGGAUCAGCUCAGGGAGGCUGUUCAGAAUGGAGACAUGGAGACCUGCCAUGGGAUCUGCCGGAUCGCCGUAACACUGGGAGAAAACCACUCCAGGACUCUGUUGGAGCAGGUGGAUCACUGGCAGAGCUUCCUGGCUUUGGUCAACAUGAUCAUGUUUUGUACAGGCAUCCCCGGCCAUUAUCCAGUCAAUGAGACCACCAGCUCCCUCACACUUACCUUCUGGUACACACUACAGGAUGAAAUCAUGUCGUUUGAGUCAGAUAAGCAGGCGGUGUAUCUCCAGGUCUACAGACCAGUUUACUUCCAGUUGGUGGAUGUGCUGCUUCACAAAGCCCAGUUUCCAUCUGACCAAGAAUAUGCAUCGUGGUCCUCAGAUGAAAAGGAGCAGUUCAGGAUUUACAGGGUGGAUAUCUCAGACACACUCAUGUAUGUGUAUGAGAUGCUGGGGGCCGAGCUGCUGAGCAACCUAUAUGAUAAGCUAGGAAGACUGCUGACAAAUACAGAGCAGCCGACGUCAUGGCAGCACACGGAAGCUUUGCUGUAUGGAUUCCAGUCCAUAGCAGAAACAAUAGAUGUGAACUACUCUGACGUCAUCCCAGGCUUGAUAGGACUCAUCCCUCGGAUCAACAUCACCAACGUCCAGUUAGCCGACACGGUCAUGUUCACUAUAGGUGCUCUGGCUGAGUGGUUAGCUGACCACCCGGUGAUGCUCAGCAGUGUCCUACCUUUGGUUUUACAAGCGUUAGGGAACCCAGACCUUUCUGUGUCCUCUGUUUCAACCUUAAAGAAAAUCUGCAGGGAAUGCAAGUAUGACCUGCCACCCUACGCAACCAACAUCGUAGCUGUUUCUCAGGAGGUGCUUAUAAAACAGAUCCACAAGACCAGUCAGUGUAUGUGGCUGAUGCAGGCUCUGGGAUUCCUGCUUUCCGCUCUUCCUGUGGAGGACAUCUUGAGAAACCUUCAUUCCCUCAUCACCCCCUACAUUCAGCAACUCGAGAAGCUAGCUGAUGAGACGCCUAAUCCCUCCAAUAAACUGGCAAUCAUUCACAUCCUGGGGCUGCUCUCCAACCUCUUCACUACGCUCGACAUCAGCAAGCAGGACGAUGAGUCGUCGGACGGCUCCGCUCCACCGGUUAAAGCAACCCCACCCCCUCCAGGACCAAAUCCGGUUGUGGUCGUUUUGCAGCAGGUUUUUGCUCUCAUACAAAAGGUUCUGAGUAAGUGGCUGAACGACUCCCAGGUGGUAGAGGCGGUGUGCGCCAUCUUCGAGAAGUCCGUGAAGACCCUCCUGCAUGAUUUCGCCCCCAUGGUGUCUCAGCUGAGUGAAAUGCUCGGCCAGAUGUACAGUACGAUUCCCCAGGCAUCUGCUCUUGACCUAACACGACAGAUGGUGCAUAUCUUUGCCAGCGAGACGGACCACUUCCCACCAAUCAAGGCUUUGUUUGAGCUGGUUACCUCGGUAACACUGUCCGUCUUCCAGCAAGGACCCAGGGAUCAUCCUGAUAUUGUUGAUUCAUUUAUGCAACUCCAAGCUCAGGCCCUCAAACGGAAGCCCGACUUGUUCUUGUCGGAGAGUCUUGAUGUGAAGGCAGUUUUCCACUGCGGAAUUCUGUCUCUAAAGUUUCCAGAGGCCCCAACGGUCAAGUCAACAUGUCUGUUUUUUACGGAGCUGCUGCCGCACUGCUCAGACGUCCCUCCGUUAGCCAGGGUGGUACAGGAGGACGGCAAGCUUUUGGUGCAAGCUGUGCUGGAGGGCAUUGGGGGCGGAGCUUCCCGGAGUCUGAUGGACCAGUUUGCAGAAGUGUUGUUCAGUCUGAAUAAGCACUGCUUCUCUCUGCUCGCCGUGUGGCUGAAAGAGGCACUGCAACCCCCGGGCUUCCCUUCGUCCCGCAUCACCACUGAACAAAAAGACAACUUCUCCCAGCAGAUACUGAGCAGAGAGCGGGUAAACAAGCGGAGGGUGAAGGACAUAGUGAAAGAGUUCACACUGCUAUGCAGAGGCCUGCACGGUACAGAGUACGCUGCUGAAUACUGAAUCACUGGCCCUCCACCUCCCGGCGAACGGUAACCUUCGUCCUGAGCGCAAAUAUCUGGACGCCACAGCAACAAAGCUCUCCAAGCCCAUAAGGAAAUCAAGAAACGAUUGUAACGAUAAUCCAUCCAGACACAGAACCCAGCACAGAGCUGCCAUCGGAUCAGCAAACUUCAACUCCCAGCAGGCCUCAGAGGAGGCCUCCUCUUUGCUGCAUCGAUUUCUUUCUCGCCGCUUUAAGAUUGAUUGCUUCUGUCCCCUCUCUUUGCUCCUUUAAAGGUCAUUUUGUUGGACGGGUUUGGAGCGGCUCACCAGCCCGCUGCCUCCUCCCAUCUUUGGCUUGUUCUGCCUUUCUGGAUCUUCCUGUGGUUCCCUACGUUCGUUUGCUGGUUAUUAGCAUCUAUAUAAAAUGGUAGUGGUAUCGUACGUAGCUACUUGACAUUAUUUUUCAAAGUAAACCAACUUAAUUCUAUAAAUGUCUAUGUAAAUACAAAUAGAUGGUUCCAGUCCUGCUGCUGCUAAUAGGAUAAAAAAGGAGCGAUUCUGCAGGAAGUUCAUCCGGUGUUUGCUCCAGGCCUCUGUGGUCUCUGCAUUUGCCAAAUUAUAAUAAUUAUUUUGUGACUUUCUGUUUUAUUAAAAGCUUUUUAAGGGGUGUGAGUAGGGAAGAGAAAAAGCUGAAAACCACAAUACUUGGACUUUAUACAUUCAACAAGCUCUCUGUCUGAGAGGCUGUACCUCAUGUAUGUAUAAUCCCACCCGGUCCAACUGCAGUCUCCUCUUUUACCCUGAAGUAAAGCGGCGAGAACAACGGCGACCGGCGCCAUGAUGGAAGCUGCUAAGAAGGGAACUAGGCAUUUCAGACAAGGGGCUGCUUAGUCGCUGUAAUAGUGCAGAAAUAUUAAUCUAAGUUGUGCAUAUUAACAGUUACUGCUGAACACUUGCGUAUUUGAGUGUACGGGUGUCCUCAUAUCUGUAUGUACGAAGGUUUUGCACAUGUAUCUUUUUUCAGCACUUAUGUUGGACCUAUGGUACAAAUGCAUCAUUUCUGUUCUUCAAAGAGCCCAUUUUCUUCUUCUUCACACCAUGCUCACUCAGGCACGCUCCUCAGAGAGACUGACCUAGAGCAUCCAGCAUGUCACGGACUGCGCUGCUCCUCGGCAGCCAUCCUUUAUCCACGUCGCCUCAUUGUCAAACCCCACCCACCCAUCCA